UUGAACGACAACGACCUGGGCACGCGGCAGCAGGGGGCAGCGGUAGGAAGGGCUCGAGGCCGGGCGGUGUCGUCGUCGGCUGUGAGGAGAAGAAGAAGGCGCGCCGCGGCGGCGGCGGCAGCGGCUCAGUCCGACCAUGUCGGGCGAGGAGGAGGCGGCCGAGCUGACGAUCGCGGAAGACGUGGUCGUGAACAAGUACAAGAUGGGGGGAGAAAUAGCCAACCGAGUCCUGCGGACUGUGGUAGAAGCAGCUAAAUCUGGAGUGUCUGUCCUCAGCUUAUGUGAGAGAGGGGAUGCCAUGAUCAUGGAAGAGACUGGCAAAAUCUUUAAGAAAGAGAAAGAUAUGAAGAAAGGUAUUGCCUUCCCCACAAGUAUAUCGGUAAAUAACUGUGUCUGUCACUUCUCCCCCUUGAAGAGUGACCAGGAUUACAUUCUCAAAGAUGGUGAUUUGGUCAAAAUUGACCUGGGAGUCCAUGUUGAUGGCUUCAUAUCAAAUGUAGCUCACAGUUUUGUCAUUGAUGCAUCAAAGGAAACUCCAGUGUCAGGUCGCAAAGCUGAUGUCAUCAAAGCUGCUCACCUCUGUGCUGAAGCUGCUCUGCGUUUGGUUAAGCCUGGAAACCAGAAUUCACAAGUGACAGAUGCUUGGAACAAGAUAGCUCAUUCAUUUAACUGCACACCAAUUGAAGGGAUGCUAUCACACCAGCUGAAGCAGCAUGUGAUUGAUGGGGAGAAGACUAUCAUCCAGAACCCCUCAGACCAGCAAAGAAAGGACCAUGAAAAAGCGGAAUUUGAGGUCCAUGAAGUUUAUGCCAUUGAUGUUCUCAUCAGCACUGGAGAAGGAAAAGCAAAGGAUGCUGGGCAGAGAACUACAAUUUACAAAAGGGACCCUUCCAAGCAAUAUGGUUUGAAAAUGAAAACUUCCCGUGCCUUUUUCAGUGAAGUGGAAAGACGCUUUGAUGCUAUGCCAUUCACUCUCAGGGCAUUUGAGGAUGAAAAGAAGGCAAGGAUGGGAGUAGUAGAAUGUGCUAAACAUGAGCUGCUACAGCCUUUUAAUGUCCUCUAUGAUAAAGAAGGAGAGUUUGUUGCCCAGUUUAAGUUCACGGUGCUUUUAAUGCCCAAUGGUCCCAUGAGGAUAACUAGCGGUCCCUUUGAGCCUGAACUCUACAAAUCAGAAUUUGAGGUGCAAGAUGCAGAUCUGAAGGCACUCCUACAGAGCUCAGCAAGCCGCAAGGCCCAGAAAAAGAAGAAAAAGAAGGCCUCUAAGAAUGCCGAGAACGCCACAACAGGGGAAACAGCAGAAGAGAAUGAGACUGGUGACUGAACAGCUCUGACCGCCUCUGCGUAGCACCUGAUUCUUUCUCUCACAUGCCCCAACUCAAAACAAGAGAAACAAAUAUCCAUUUACGGCUGUUUGUCUCAUAGGACCAAAUGACAAAUAGCCUGGACUUCCCACAGAGUGUAACCAGUUGUGACUGACUUUGCCACUGAGGGAGGAGUCUCUUGGCCACUUCAGAAUACUUUUAAAAGUAUGAAAUAAUAAAAUCAGGAGUAAAAACUAGCCUACA